CAUCUACCAUCCUGUUGGCACGUGCAAGAUGGGACCAAGUGAUGACCCAUCGGCCGUAGUGGAUGCUCAGCUCAGGUGGGUCAGUGGCGUAUGUCUUAAUCUGUCAUCGCCGUCAAAAUUAAAAGGUAUUGAAAGGGGGGGGGGUGAAGUAAAUGAUAAAAGUACAAUGUAUUGUUUCAAACUUCUCUGUAGAAGCGGGUUUCUUUUUUCUAAUAAGAAAAGAAAGAUGAUGGACAUAAACUAGUUUACACAGUGCUAUAAUACAAUUAUAUGUUACUAACAAGUCUUAAUCCUCAGAUGACCAUUAGUUUUAAUAGGAUACACCUUUAAGUCUUAACCCUUAGAGGACCGUUAGUAGGGUACGUCAUCAAGCCUUUACCCGCAGAGUAACUUUAGUUUUAGUAGGGUGCACCGUCAAGUCCUAACUCUUAGAGUAACGUUUGUUUUAGUAGGGUGCACCGCCAAGUCCUAACUCUUAGAGUAACGUUAGUUUUAGUAGGGUGCACCGUCAAGUCCUAACUCUUAGAGCACCGUUAGUUUUAAUAGUGUACACCGUCAAGUCUUAACUCUUAGAGCACCGUUAGUUUUAAUAGUGUACACCGUCAAGUCUUAACUCUUAGAGCACCGUUAGUUUUAAUAGUGUACACCGUCAAGUCUUAACUCUUAGAGCACCGUUAGUUUUAAUAGUGUACACCGUCAAGUCUUAACUCUUAGAGCACCGUUAGUUUUAAUAGUGUACACCGUCAAGUCUUAACUCUUAGAGCACCGUUAGUUUUAAUAGUGUACACCGUCAAGUCUUAACUCUUAGAGCACCGUUAGUUUUAAUAGGGUUUCACACUUAUAAAAUUUAUUUCAGGCAAAAAAAACCUUAAAUUUAAGUUUUUAAUGAAUCCAUUGAACACAUAUUUGUCUUUUCUUUCAGGGUAAGAGGUUUAUCUGGCAUACGUGUUGUGGACGCAUCCAUCAUGCCAUGGAUUGUCUCGGGAAAUACAAACGCACCAGCAAUCAUGAUUGGCGAAAAAGCUUCUGACAUAAUUAGAAGGAAAGUUUAAAAGAAUUUAAUCAAUAGUCUUUUAUUAUAAAUUUAUAAGGGUUUAUCUACACGUGAAUUUGUAUCGAGAAGAGAAAUAAUGUUAUCUCGUGUGGUAGUCAUCUCGUGUGUUGUUAGUCAUCUCGUGUGAUGUUAGUCAUCUCGUGUGUUGUUAGUCAUCUCGUGUGAUGUUAGUCAUCUCGUGUGAUGUUAGUUGUUCUUGUGUGAUGUUAGUUGUCGCGUGUGAUGUUAUCUUUCUCGUGUGUUAUCUUUGAUCUCGUGUGAUGUUGGUUAACUCGUGCGAUGUUAGUUAUCAUGUAUGAUCUAUACGAGUUUCCCAAGGAACCGGAUUGCGACCCCGGUACCUGGCCAUGAGAGAAGAAAUACUGGGUCACAGAAGAAAAAAAAAUCCUCGUUUUGUGCUCAACAUUGGCGGAACCUUGAGUGAUAUGAAUUAUUAAUAAGUGGGAGGGGACGAUUCGCCCCUGUUAUUUCGCUAUCGGGCCGUUUCACUGCCGGAGCAUUUGCAGUUGGACUAUUCGUUAUUCCACCACUUUGCUGCC